AUGACAGAAAAUAAGAGUUUCACCGAAGAAGAAGACGAAAAUGAUAAUGAUAAUGAUGAACUUGAUUUGUAUGAUUUUCUUGAAGUUGUUGCCGAUAAAAUUGAUUCAAUAAAACAUAAAAUUGAAGAACAUAAAGAAGUUACUAUAGAACAAUGGCAACGAACAAAAGACGAAGUUGAAGAACAAAAACGUAUACUUAAAAGUCAAUUAGAAAAACAUCUUCGUCUAUUGUCAGAAAACUUUAAAAAACCAAAUUUUAUUCGAACAAGAGAUAAGAUAGCAUUUACAAUUGGAGUUGCUAAUACUUGUUUUUCUCCAUUAAUUGGUAUGAUAUGA